AUGAAUCUUACUCCAUACGCCGAAGAAAUAUUGAACAAGUUCAACAAAUUUCGAGAAAAUAGAAAAAGAGAGCUUGCAGUACUAUCUCCCGCGGAAAGAUUGAAGAGGAAGGUAAUUGAAGAUUUGAAUUAACUUUCCAAGAUUUUUUUCAAGGUGCCAGAAAUUUACUGGGAGAAAAAUGUCUACGAGGUGGGACCUCCGAUAAACCCUGCAGAUAAAUACACAGUAGGAGAUAUAAUGGUCUCUCAUUUUUUUUUCUCUGUUAUAAGCAGGACGAAAGAAAUCGUUGCUGUCUUCGGUACAAAGGAAGUUUUCCGCCGAGAUGCGAGCGCCAGUCAGCCUUUCAUCGUCUCUUCACAGCAGAAUUUAAAGAUAAAAUUUACGCUGGUGGCUUGUACAAUCUCGAAAAAGAUCCUUUGGUUGGGAAAAUUCUAUAACACAACUGAAAAGAAGAUUCAGGCUACUCAUAGUUUCAUGUGCUUGUAUCAUUGCCGUCUUAUACAACUGACAAAAAAGUUUCCAUCUGAGAAAGUUAUGGUCGAUUUUGCAACUCAACCUGAACUCAAUUCGGAGGCUUUGCUAUGGGGGUCGAAGCCUUUUGUUGAGGUUGUUGCUGUCAAUUUACUUUCUUUUGCUAAAUAUUUAUUUCAGCCCGAAGAGAACACAGAGGAGGAGAGUGAAAGUGAUAGCAGCAAUAGCGACAGCGACGAAGAAAUGAAAGAAGAAAAAUAUUGCGCUCCUUUGAACAUGAGUGAUUUUGAUACCGAAGACUCGGACGAGAGUGAUACUGCGAGCGCUUUGAGCGAUUGUAGCAGUCUCGAACCGAUGUAUGAAGAGGAACUCGGAGACGAAAAUCUAAAAGCUGAGCCCGGCGGCACUGUUGCUCCUUCUCAAGACGGUUUCUUCGGGAUAUUCUCCCGAGUUCGUGAAAAAUACGAUCGAGAAACCGUCAAUAGUCAAAGUUGUUCAACAAAGAGUCCUUUUUUACGACGAAAAACGGGAUGCUCGUAUUGAAGUCUCUGAAAGCGACUUCGCGCGAAUCCUUCAAGCAAAUGACGACCUGGAGAGGCAGGAACGCGAAGAGUUGGCCGUGGUACGAGCGUACAUGUACAAUGAAGAUGCAGACGAUGAGGCGGAAGAAGACGUUGAAGAUGAGGAGGAGGAGCCCCCGGAGAAAGAAGUCGUUGACGACGACGACGACUGUGAGGAAGACGAAGACGUGCGUGCCGCUUUAGACGUUUUAGUCGAGGAUCUCGUGGAGAACUCGCCGCUCUUACAGGCAGAGGAUGACACAGGUUGAUCUUUCAGGUGUUGCAUUCUACAUUUACGCUUUAGAACUCUGGCGGCAAGAAGCACUGGACACUUCAAAUGCUGAUGCAGCUAGAGCAAGAGAAGAGAAUGUGCGAGAACUGGCCAGAAGACGGCGUCGCAAGGCUUUUCUCCGUUUCGGUCGUCCGGAAGACGUUGUCAAGACCUCGCCGGUCAGUUUUUUUUUUCUUACUUUUGACUUAUUCAGAAAUGAUCAGGUUCCCAUUUCGCACAUGUCGGCCGCCAGUCUUCGACGUUAUCGACAGGCGUUCAAUAUUCCUACCAAGUCGAGUGCUACAAAGUCUUCCGUCAGUUUUCAUUUAUCACCCACAAAAGUUGAAUCUGUAAGGCCAUUUAUCGGAUUUCCUCAGGUGAAAAAAAAACGUAGAGGCACUGAAGAGUUUUUGUGCAAGUUAGAAUAAAUAUUACUGUUUUCGUAUCGCCGAUGCCAUUCGCCAAAAGUCAUACAACAAAAUGAAAUGACGUUUCUCUGCACAAACGUGUUCCGAGAAUGAGGAAAUCCAAUAAAUAGCUGUGACAGGCGAACUUCUCAGAAAUAAAAAAUAAAAUUGAGAAUUUAUUAGCUGAGGUUUUCAAUAUAUAUGUUGUGUAUGUUUUUCACGUUCAGUUUAUAGAGAAAAGUUUGACUUUGCCAUUAUUUUUUCAUCUUUUUGUUAUGGAAACACCUUCGCAAUUAUGAUAAAAAAACAAUAAUUCUGUUAGGUAUAAAAAGAAGAAUAUAUUGGAGCAAUCUGUAGACGGAAAAAAAAAAUGUAUUUUUCCAAAAAAAGCGUCCAAACAUAUUUUUUUCAAAAUUGCGGUUCAGAUGCAAGAAGGUCUUCGGAAGCAUUUCGAGUUGCUGCCCGUUGAUGCGUUCAACGAUUUCCCAGCGUUUGUUAGUGUCGCGCGCCGAGGAGAAAACAAUGUCGAGUAA